CCCUAGGGCGAUACGGUCCCGAACUGUCGGUUCGAAUUUCGGCUCAAAUUUUCGCACGUCCCCGCACGUCUUGGCGAGACAAGUGACAAAACGAAAAUGAAAUGCUAACAGUUAUAAAUAUGUAUUCGCCACUAGGCUCGCGGUCACUCGCGCCGUCCAACCAACACACAAGUGCUAGGCUGUAAUUGGGAAGCUUCACCUCGCCUCUCUUUUUUGCUUUGGUGAAGUUUGUUUGUCGAAACAUUUCUGGUGACCCGUUUGGCAGACACUUUUGUUUUUUUUUUUUUUUUUUUUUUGUUCGUUCGAACCUCUUCCACGUCCGUUUUCCCACUCAGGUGCCCGGCAGUAGACCGGCAAGUGUCGCAAGCGUCAUAAUCAGUUUGCUUUUUUUUAUUUGUGUCUCGCGCGAACUGUACACGCAACUCAACGUUUCCCGAACUUCCCGAAGACUUCCCAGGCGCGCAUCGUUCUGGUCGAUUGAACAGCUUUCCGGUUGUCGCGCUAUUGCGUUUACGCAAUCUAUGUUCCGGUUGGAUUGGGGCGUUCGAAAUCAAUUUCACUACAGUCACAUAAUUACGCUCCCACCAACAUCGUGGCGGGAACGUUUUUGCCCUCUUAUAAAUACUCGCCACACUUGACUGUGUCGAUCGUGUAUACUUCCUCAGCCGAGCAAACAAUGAAGCUUGUUCUGGUCGUGUUAUCUGCCGUGAUGGUGAUUAGCGCGGGCCUAUCGCUUAAACCGAGCCCCCGGAGAGAUAUCGUACUGCCCCGCCAUAUGGAGCUACCCGAUCCGGACAGCGAUAAGGACACGCGAGUGUUUCGCAGUGGGGAAAAGCGUCUCGAGAAAAAUACACCACCAUCACCAGCACCACCGGUGGAAAGUAAGCCGGCCAAGUUACGCGUUAGCAACACCAAGCGGAAGAAGGUUAAGAAGCAGGUAUCGACGGCGAAGGAAGACGAAAGAACGCGCGUCACGUCGAAAAGUGUGAGUGAGCGAAAAUUGCACACGAAAAUCGUGCACGUACCGGAACCGUUUGUUGUGCACGUUGAGAAGCCUUAUCCGGUGUACAUCGAGAAGCCUGUUAUAGUGGAAAAACAUGUGCCGAUGCAUCUUUACAUUACCAAGAAGGAGACAAAGCAUCGCUAGCGUAUCGAACAUGUGGCAGAUGAUAGCGUAAAACUUGCUCCAGUUAUCACAAUCGUAGAAGAUAGCAUCGUGGUAGGAUCAGACAAUAGUGUCUCCAGAAGAUAUCCCAAUGGAGCCCCAUAAUGUCAUGAACCGAGAAUUGGUCCAGAGAGAUGUCAUGAAUGUGCGUACCUGACAGCAAGAACAUUCUACGAUCUAAACUUUACGACUGCGAUAAUCGGAGGAGCAUUCAGCAAAUAUCAGCUUCAAAAACUCCACAUUUAGGGUAGUCAUAGGAUAACAUAUUUAUUGUAAAGUAUGUGAAAUGUUUUAAUAAAACUUAA